AUGUUAAACAAUCAAUUUGGUAUAUAUAGAGCAUACGGUUAUGGAAAUGUCACUUCGACAACAAUUUGGACAGCAAGCCAGUCCUCAACAUCUCAAACAGCCUAUCUUGCGUUACAAACAGAUCGUAAUCUGGUUGUUUAUACAAUGAGUUGGGGUGUGUUGUGGGCAGCUGGUAUCAACAAUGGUGGUAUUGGAAAUCCAUUUUGCUUCCAGAUGCUGGAUUCAGGAAAUCUGAUAUGGACUGAUAGUUCUUCAACAAUCAUUUGGCAAACAAAUACUGUACAGAGCGGAUAG